AUGGUCAAGUAUGCAGUCAUCACUGGCACGCCUGGGAUAGGAAAUUCAUUGUCUAUAUACUACGUGAUGUGGAAGUUGAUAAAGGAGAAGAAACGAGUGCUGCUUAUGACCGUAAAACCAGCGAUCUACUUUGAUGGUUUCACCAUGAUGGAGUGCGGGAAAUUGCCUUUUUCAGGCAAUCGGCAAUUCUGGUCGUAUGAUUUGUGGUGUCUUAUGGAUUCGGUGGACCCAACAAGGAUUGCCGGAUUUCCCAUCCGUGAAUGCUCGGUUUUGCUCGUAAGCACACUGCGAUGGAAUUAUAUUAGUGAGUUCAAGAAGCUUGUGCCAACUCCAGAUGUACUCUACAUGCCAUUGUGGACAAAAGAAGAACUUCGUACCAUCGCUUCCUUAUAUCCAGAUGCAAACAAAGUGUGGGAGAAUCGGUUUAACUAUUUUGGUGGUGUGCCUCGUCUAGUAUUGCAAGACAUCCAAACAGACCCGCAAGAUCUACUGAUGUCGGCAUGCCAUAGUUUUUCUCUCAAUGACUAUAUUAUGUUGGUGACUAUGUACUCUGAGAUGAACCCGAUUGGGACUUUCAUUCACAUCCACAGCCAAGAACCGUAUCUAAAAAUUGGCGGUGCAAGCGAUCGCUCGAACGAAUUGGCGGAAGUGGCUGACAAAUCACACGAAGAUGCAAAAACUUCUCGGUUCGUGUGA